CCCCGGAGCCAGGGCAUUUCUAGGGUUAGGGUUUUGAUUUGAACAUGGAAUUGAAGAAUCUACUCAAGGACAAGAAGUUCUGGCUCGCUUCCUUUCUCAUUGCCUGGGCCGCAGCUCUCCAGGGGCAUAUGAUGUGGUUGCAGAGGCAGGACUCCUUCAAGCAGAAGUUUGGUACUCUCAAUACAAAUGGUAGUGAUGAUGAGAAAUGAAUCACCCCUGUGCUAUGUUUUAAGCAAAACAGGGUCUUGGUAGUUGUUGAUUUCAAGUCCUUCAUCUGAAAUCGUUCUGUUGAAUACUGGUGAAACUGAUUACAUAAAGGGAAAAAACCCCUGGUAUCUUUUUUA